AUGCGCGCGGACGGCGCGGGCGCGGGCGCGGCGCUGCCGGCGCCGCGGCCGCGGCCGCCGGGGCCGGUGGCGCUGCUGGGGCCGCGGGAGGGGGGGCUGUGGAUGGUGAACGAGUUUGGGCAGCCCAUGGUGCUGCCUAUGAACCACGCAGGCCUCCGCGCGCGCUGCCUGGCGGCGAUGGGCGACGUGCUGGGGGCGGUCCAGGUCGCCGCGGCCGGCCUCGCGCCCGCGCACCACGACGAGCUGGCGUCGUUCCUCGCGACCAUGGCGGCGCCCUCGGGGGCGCACCUGGCGCUGAUGGGGCUGCCGGGGCUGUCCUUGGGCAUGGAGGUGGAGCUGUGCAUGGCCACGGGCCAGUGGCGCCGCGCCCUGGCGUGCUGCGACGCGCUCAUCCAGGGCUGCGCAGACCGCAGCCACCUGCGCUCCGAAGCCGGCGCCGCCGGCCCCGCCGCGGCCGCCGCCAUAGGCGUCCCCACCGCCCCCGGCGCCCUCGCGACCGCGAUUGCUGCGCCUGGCGCGCCCGCCGUCGGCGGCCCAGCGGCGGUGGGCCCGCUGCCGGAUGACCCGCCGCCGCCCAGCAAGGUGGCGACCAACCAAGCCAUGUGGGGCCACAUGGGCUUUGGCGGCCUGUUUGUCGACAACUUCAGCGUCCCGACUGAGGAGACCGACGCUGCGCGGAAGAAAGCCCGCGACCCGGUCGCGCGCGGCAAGGUGGACUGGGGAGCGCCGCUCGGCGCGGGCUGGCAAUACAAGAAAGGCGGCGGCGGCGGUGGCGGCGGCAGUGGUGGCGAUGGGCCCGGCAGGGCGGCGGCAGUGGCGCCGGCGGCGCCGGCGGCGCUGCAGCCGUCGGCCACGGCGCUGCAGCUGACGAUGCGGCUGGUGGAGGGGUCGCAGGACGCGGGGAUACUGGACGUCACGGCAGCCGCCGCGCAGCUGCUGCUGGCGCACCGCGGCUGCCUGCGGCCGGCGGAGCUCGCGCGGCUGGCGGCGCGGAUGGCGGAGGCGGGCAUGAACUCCGACGUGAAGCUGCUGGUGGACGGCGGCGUGGCGUCGGGGUCGCACAACGGGCAGGCGGUCGGGUUUGUGGCGGCGGCGCUGACCGGCGACCUGCAGCGCCUCCAAUCAGCGCUGGCCGCGAGCGGCACCGUCGCGCUCGCCGCGCUGCAGGCCAACACCUACCGCCUGCCGCAGUCGCUGCAGCAGACGACGCGCUGGAACGACGCCCUGGCGGCAGCCUCGGCUGGGGGCGCCGGCGCGCAGGCGUACCUGACAGUCAUGCCUGGCGGCCUAUGA